UUGUACAUAUUUUUGUUUUAGAAAUGAUGUGGAGAUAUCCGGAUCUUCACGAAGUUAUAGAAUUUUUAAAUCAUCCAAAUAACGUUAUAAGAGCAAAUGCUGCUGCUUAUUUACAACAUUUAUGUUACAUGAAUGAUUCUACAAAACAAAAAACAAGAGCUUUAGGAGGAAUUCCUCCACUGAUCGAUUUACUAAAUCAGGACAUUCCGGAAAUUCAGAAAAAUGCCUGCGGCGCGCUGAGAAAUCUUUCGUUUGGACGGCAAAACGACGAAAAUAAGAGAGCAAUCUGUAAUUCUGGUGGAAUUCCUGCCUUAAUCCAUUUAUUAAGAAAAACACCCGACAGUGAAAUUCGCGAUUUAGUGACUGGUGUCUUGUGGAAUUUAUCUUCUUCUGAAGAUUUAAAAAGGAUAAUUAUAGAUGAUUGUUUGCACGUACUUGUAAAUCACAUUAUUAUUCCACACUCGGGAUGGGAUAAGAACGAAGAUCAAAAUCGCAUGAAGUCUCACGAAAUACACUGGUCUACUGUUUUCCGAAAUGCCAGUGGUGUAAUAAGAAAUGUGAGUUCAGCAGGCGAGUAUGCUAGGCAGAGACUUAGAGCAUGUGAGGGGUUAGUUGAUGCACUCCUCCAUUUAGUUGGUUCGGCUAUUGGAAAAAAUGAUAUAGAUAAUAAGUGUGUUGAGAACUGUGUUUGCAUAUUAAGAAAUUUAUCGUAUCGUUGUCAAGAAGUGGAGGAUCCAGAAUAUGAAAAGCAUCAUUUGACAUCCUUGCAUUCUAGUCUUCCCAUCAAAUCUGUCGGAGAUAAUUUAGGAUGUUUUGGUGCUAACAAGAAGAAAAAAGAAAUCGCGAACGUAGAUAAGAGGAAAACUAAUUCCAGAAAUGCAACAAAUUUAUCGCCUACUUCCGAGCCGGUCAGAGGAAUGGAACGUCUCUGGCAACCGGAAGUAGUUCAGAUCUAUUUGGCGCUUUUAUCAGACUGCUCCAAUCAAGCCACGUUAGAGGCGGCAGCAGGAUCGAUUCAAAACUUGGCAGCGUGUUAUUGGCAGCCUAGUAUCGACAUCAGAGCAACGGUUAGAAAAGAGAAAGGUCUUCCAAUCCUUAUAGAGUUAUUAAAAAUGGAUGAAGACAGAGUCGUCUGUGCCGUUGCUACAGCUCUGCGAAAUCUUGCAAUGGAUCAAAGAAACAAGGAAUUAAUAGGCAAGCAUGCAAUGAGAGAUCUCAUUCAAAAAUUACCAAGCAGUGCAUCUCAGCAAAUUGCAUCGGACGAUACAAUUGCAGCAAUCUUAGCAACAUUAAACGAAGUAAUUGUCAGAAAUAGUGACUUCGCUUACACUUUACUGGAAGCGGGAGGAGUCGAAAGAUUAAUGUAUAUAAUGAAUCAAAAAGGCAGAUUUUCCUCGAGGAUUAUUAAGUUUACAUCUGAGUCGUUGUAUAAUUUGUGGCAACAUCAAGAACUUCGAGAAGCUUACAGAAAAGUAGGAUGGAGAGAAUGUCAUUUCAUUAACAAAACAUCACUUUCCAGAAAUGCAUCGUCUCCCAUGAACAGUUUCAAUAGUUCGCUCAGUUGCCCCGUUAGCUCCCAAAGCGGAACAAAAUACGAAGACAAAACACUUCCCAGAGGACAGGAAUUAAAUUCUAUAUCACCCGGUUCAGUUCAACAUAACUGGCUUCGAUCGCCUACCGAACCAGUCUACGCCCAGGUUAACAGAGACAAGAAGAAGAGUAGGCAACCCGACAUGACUUCCCACUCCAUGCUGCUCGAUCACCCGGGUUCGGCAGCCGCGGGAGACUCGUGGGUUUAGGCGGAGCGAGCGCAGAGGCGACACCAUCUGUCGAACGAGCGAUGGCGACGAAAGAUUCGAGGAACCCACCAUUAGUGCCUCCUUGUUGGGACAGUUCGUUCUUAAUGCCUAUUGACGUUUUUAUACAGUGCCAAUAUUUGUUAUAAAUUUCUACCAAAUAAAUUAAUAGUUAGUUUGGUAUGGUCACACACGAACUUAGCAAGUAGAAUUUGUGUCAGUAUUUUAGUUAAUAAGCGUGGUCUCGUCGUCCGGACGACGAGAUCCCCGGAACUCUAUCCGUCGAAUUGACGACGACUUAGACAAUAAGAUUAGUACUUAAGUUAGAUUUAGAUUUAAUUUGAAUAUUCCAAUCUCUAUUCUGCCAAUUCAAAGGCUCACAAUUAUUUAUUCUCGUGAUUUCGUGUUUAAUGAUUUAUAAUAGAUUUUAUUUGUUCUCGUCUUAAACAAAAAUACUUGAAUGUUUUGAAAUAUAAAGAAUUUCUUAAUCUAAAAGUAAUAGUCAUCCUCGAGGAUCCAAAACACAUUGCAUGUUAUUUUCAUUCAGUAUUGAUUGAUAUACUUAUUCUUUUUACUUAACCUUUUGGAGUUUCUCAGAUUGAUUUGGUUUGUGUAAAAUGUGCAAUAACAAUUAGCAACGUGCUUUCAAGCAUACAGAAGCCUCACUUCCACGACAUCUUCGAGUAAGGCAGUAUUUCAAAAAGACACGUACCUUUAUGCGAUAUGUCUUUUGAUGCACCGCAUAACACGUACUUUGCCCACGGCCAAUCUUUGGGUCGGUACUUGCAACGUCGUCAAAUUUCAGAAUAUUUUGACGACGACCAAAAACCGUCAAACAUUGUAUUUCAUAAAAUUUUUACAAUUAUUUAUAUAUUUAGUUCUUUAAAAUAACUGUGAUAAUUUUUUUACAUGAUGAUACAAAUGCAAUUCAAUCAAUUUUGACACCAUUUUACAAUUUAUACACCUUACAUUCCCUUGUUUUUUAAAAUACGGCAAAAACCCGUCGGAUUAGGUGGCCGCUUUUUGUACAGUUUUUUACAUUUUAGCAUUUACUAUAAAGGGGGAAAAAUUUUGGGGAUUUUUGCAGCUAGGGUUUUCAAUUCUAUCAAACUGUUGUGUGUAAAAUAAACAAUUCUUACCAUGCAACUACGGAAUUAUUCUUGUCCAUUGCACAAGUGUAUAUGUUCCUAUCAUCGAUGUAAGUUAUUUGAUGUAUAUUCGUUUUUUAAAGUUUUUUUUACAUAUAUAUAUAUAUAUUUUGUAUCAAUUUUGUCUUGUAAGAAUGGAAUUUUAUUGUGAAAAAUGGUGUAAAAAAAUUAGAUAAAAAUAAAAAUCUAUUAUAA